CUGUCAUCGUUAUCACAGCUGAGCGAGUAUAUGUAACUUCUUAUUCGAUAAAUAUUAAAGCUGUAAUGAUGUUGUUAGCUUGUCCAUGUUUAAACGUUAAAAUCUAUGCAAAAGAUUUAAAACCAUGUUCUGGUAGACUGAAAGAUUUUGGUUGUAAUUCUGGCGAUAAAGAAUUUGAGGAAUCUUUAGCUGAAGUUAAACUGGAUAACCAAGGCAUAACAAUUGAACACAGUUAUCUGGUACAUCGUGAAGCCUAUGGAAAAUAUAAAUUAUUUCAAUGUUUAAGUUGUAAAAGUAAAACUCAUCUAGUUUAUAAUGAGUUAAAUCGUGAUAAUGAAGAAUGUAUACUAGUCAAUACAAAAUUACAGUCUGAUGCCGCUGUUAUAGACAGAUUAAAACAUUCUGCAAACUUUUCUAAACCUUUUGGUAUAAUACUACAGAAACCCAGUGAACUGGGUGGAAAUGCACCUGAUCCUCGUAACUUGGAUUCCCUACAGACACAUCUGAACCAAGUUCAACAACAACUCAGUCGUUUUUUAUUGUCAGAAGAAGAAGCUCUAGAAGAUAGGAUAAGACAAUAUGAGGAAGAACAAAGAGCUGAUUUUCAACUUGUUCAGGAUCAGGCGAAGGCUGAUAAACGUAAAAUGAUCAGCAUUGUGUUAAGAGCUGCUGAAAGUACAGAAGACGUGUCUGAAAGCAUGGAUUUUUUUUCAUCACACAACGAACAAAGCCUGCAAACAUCAACUCCUUCCAAACAUAAAAGUAAAAAUAAGAAACGAAAUGAAAUGAGACAAUCGUCACAAUCAUUCAGUGGAAAUCGAAGUUAUCAAAAUAUAGAUUCAGAAGCAAUGUUUAUGUUAGACGAGGUUGAUCCAGUAGAUGAACCGUUUUAUGAAAGUGACGAAGGCGAUGAUAUUAGUCCAAUAAAAUCUCGGGAAGACGCAGGAACUAGAAAUCGUCAUAAUUUAUAUUCCUCAUCUGUGCCUAUAUCUGUGCCCAUGUGGGGUAAAGGUCGACAUCAUAGUACAGAAGAUGAAGAUGAGGAUGAUCAUGAUGACACCCCAUCGGAUCACGAUCAGAUAGCAGAUAAAAUGCAGGCCUUGGCUGAAAGUAUCACCGAUACUGGUAGAUAUAUUUUUGGAGAUCGUCCACGACCUAGAAUGAACACUGGCGAAUUUAUCCAGAAAAAUAUGAAAAAUUGAGAUGUGAAUAUUCAUUUUAUAUCGUGUCUUCUAGUAAUGUGACCAGGUCUUCAUUAUGAGAGAAGGCUGGCAGUGUGACCAGGUCCUCAAUAUACACGUAGGACAAGGCUUGACUUCUAGCUGUGUGACCAGGUCCAUAAUAUAUAGGACAAGGCUUGACUUUUAAUAGUGUGACCGGGUCCUCAAAUAGGCGAUGACUCAUGUUAUAAAAUCAGAGAAAAGAUACCACUAAUGAUACACAAUAUGCAAUUAAAUUAUUCCAGUGGAUCUGUUAGCCUCACGUUCUGGACUCGACCCUGCUUCUGUCAAUUUCUAUGGUCUCAAGUAAAGAAUAUUUUAUAGGACCACAUUAAUCUGAGUAAUGUUAAAAUUAUUUUAUUUCCUACACAUUUACACCAGCCUGGUAUUGUUUUUUCCUUUUACAUGGUCAGUAAUUAUAUUAGUCACAGAUGUCUGAUCGUGUUGAUAAAAUCAUUGUAACACAUCCUAUCACCCGACGUGACCGGACACCUGACUUCUCACCUGACCUGACCAGACACCUCUAUUAGCCACAGGUAAAGAAUUGUCUAUAAAUUAAAGCAGUAAAGUGCAUCAUCUUUCACGUCACAUGAUUAAACAUUACGGUGAUUAUGUCUUUAAACAAUCAAGUGACAUCACGAUAUGAGUGGAUGAUGAGUGGUGAUUGGCUAAUGAAUUCUACAAUCGGGCAAAUGCUUUGGCGGACACAUUUGGCGAAUUUCGGCACAAAUUGAUUCGAGCGAAUCAUUCGGCUAGUGUGUCUACAGUUUUUGUGAUAAAAUAGUUUUGACCUCAGAACCUUGUAUCUGAAAAUUUUGUUAAAAGAGUGCUAGGGGUGGUAGAUUGAACAGUAGUUACUGAUCAGUUUCAAUUAGAACGAUAUUCUAAGACCAAAACCAAUUUGAAAACAGAACAGACUGUAGUUGAUACAUGUAUUGUUCACAAACAUUAAAGAUACAUUAUGUAAGAUUUAGAUAAAGAGCUAGUCAUUCUUGCUUUAAUAGUUCAAAAAUAUAUAACGUAAAAUCAAAAUAUAUUGAAAAUUUCAUUCAAAUUGUGAGCAAAGAUAUCAGCUUUUGAAGGUGUGACAAGAUGGGUGCAUCUUAGUCUCACCGUUAUUAAAUUAAAUCAAAAUAUGGCUGAACGGUUCUAAUCGUCUUGAUUAUGGUCUGGAUAGGUGAAUUAAUGUCUAAUUAAUAAUUUAGAUAACAUUUCAGUCCUAAAAAAAGACUUGCAACAAGCAAAUUUAGCUCUUACAUAAUGUGUGUUUAAAUUUAAACCAUAUAAAGAUGGAAUGUAAAUUAGACUGUUGAUUUUGUAAACUAUAUGAAACUAUAUUUCGAAUAUAAUAUUAUUAUAUAGCAAUUAAAACGGUUGUGUUGAUACAAUUUGAAUCAUAGAAAAUAUAAAUUUUGAUCUGUUAUUAAUAUUUGUGUAAGUUUGGUGAUAUUGUGCUUGAUAUAAGAUUAAUAGUGCUUAAUGUUUGACAUCUUCACAUCUUCACAAUAUUACUGGUACUGGCCUUCAGACUAAAAUAUUAUUGUAUGAUAGGGGUUUGUGAGGAGGUGUGCGGUAGUCAAUAGGUAUGGAAUUGACGUAGAGUUUACAAUGGUCCCUUCUUCAGAGCGUGAGAGAGAACGAGAGACCACCCUCCCUUGGCAGUUGGAAUUUAAACGUCGCCAGAAAUGCCUGGCAUUGGUCGCCAACCUUAUUGUCACAAUUUGUGAAUGAAAUACAUUAAUAUUUUGAAGAUGGUAAACAUUUUUUAUACUAUUGUUAUUUGAGUAGAGGUUAAUCAUAAGCACAGUGUUUACGAAGAAAGAUUAACUCGUAUCCACAGUGUUUACGAACAAAGAUUACCUCGUAGCCACAGGGUUUACGAAGAAAGAUUACCUGGUAAAUAUUGAAUUUACGAAUUAUGAUUACCUCAUACAGGUAAAUAUUGUUGAGUCAUUGGUUACCCAACCCUGACCAUGGUUCAUUAUACGGAUUAUCCCAAUACCCUAACCGUAGUUCAUUGAAGCUAUCAAACUGUCCCUGUAUGUGUUUAUUAUACAGAUUGUCCCAAUAAAACCCCCGCAAUAUUCUGGCUAUGAAUAACUUCUUCCAAUUAUUUGAGCUAUUUUUUUCCAAUAUAUGUGAUAUAUGUUUUUUUAUUCCCUUCAUUGUGAUGGCUUCCAUUUAGUGCUUGUGUUGCUUCGUGUAUUUCAGUUGUCUACCAUUUACAAUCAUUCAUGUCUCACUGCUCUAAUUUCAUUGAGUCUGCAACCAGAAAUAUUUUCUGAACAAUGAAGUUAAUGAAUUUGAAUUCCGUAGAGUUGUGUCUUGUCUGUAUCUCGGUUAAUUAGUAGACCAACGAUAGUCACUCUUUUGUGUUCCCUCUUCCAAAAAUUAUCCGAAUAACUGGAAAUGAUUGGAUGCUAUAUUUAAGAUUUAGAUAAAGAGCUGUCCGGUUUUUGCUCCUGUAAAAAAACUAAGAUGAUUUUGUCUCCGUAUUGCUCAUUAUUUACAUCAGUUGUGCCUUCAUUUUCUCAUAUUUUAUUCCAUUUUAUUAUUAGAGGUUUCUGGAUUCAUUGGGUUUUAUAUGGACUAAGACUAGAAGUUGCUUCCCCUGAUCUCAGAAGACAAAUAUAGCAGUUCUCCCCCAUGUUCUAGCACAAGGGAACGACAGUGGCUCAUGGAGUAAGUUGUUGACCCGCUUACCUGGAGGUUUCGUAUUCUAUCCCGGUGUUGGACAAGAAAGUUCCUCAGGAUUGGUACGAAAAAAUCGAGGUUCGAUAUACCCAUAGGCAUGCACGUAAAAGAACCCAUUACGGUUCGAAUUCUAUAUGAGAGUGGGUUAUAGUGCCACUGUCUGGGCAAAAUUGCCCUCCUAGCUAAGGCUGGGAAUCGAUAUGAAAUUUCAAUAUCAAUUAUCGGCAAGAAUUUGUCAGCGAUUAUCGAUAAUAAUUAGUGCUCCUACGACUAGUCGGAUAGCCGUAAACGGUUAGAACUGGACGGUUAAACGGUUUGAAUUCAACGGUACGGUUCUUCGGAGAUGUCCCCCAUUACAUAGAGUUGUGUCUGAUUAUAUUCCUCUUUAUAACAAAACUUGUCCGUUGUAAUUUUGUAUUUGAUGUUUGAAAAUUUUAGAAUGUAACAGUCGUCCAACGAUGUCGACUGCUAAACAAUGAUACUAUUAAUAGCACUCGUCGUAGUCAUACGGCAAAGUCAACGGACCUUGUUCGACUUUUGCUAUUGUUAAUCCAAUCUAAAUACUUCUCGGCAUUUCUAACUAUAUUCUACCUUGUUUAUUAUUUACUUCAAAACGUAACCACCAUUCAAAAUAUAAUCAUAAAGGCUAGAAAAUGACAUUAUACUAGAUUCGUUACGGCAUUGAACACGUUUCAUAUCUCGUAAUUUCUCGAAUGAAUUCUACUUUGGUUUUCAGUUAAAUUAACCAAUCAUAAAAAUUCUACUUGCAAGUGAGGAAUUAUUUCUUUAUUGUCCAAUCAAUAGACGCCUUCUAAUUUACUUUAUUCUAUUCUUAGUAACAUUGUGUAAUCGUAAUAUUAUCGCCGUCUGUCACGUACGAAGGGAAAUUGAGUAUUGUUUUGUAUAUUAUCUUUAUAUUGAAUUAAAAAAAUGUUUCAAAUGAACCAAGUUAACCAGGUAAAUAAAUAGCUACGGCCUUAGAUAGUUUAAAUUUUCAUUAAAGAAUUUUACAUGUCUGAAAAAAUUCCUGAAAUUUUUGCGCGUGUAAUGCCUUUUAUAACGCGAGUAUAGCGUGCGCACGAGUAAUGACUCGUAGCUCCUGACAAGCUCUGUUUUAUGUUUAAAAUUGAUACCAUACGGUUAACGGUUACUAACCGGUUAAUAGCUACGGCUAUUCGAAUAACAAAAAGUCCUAACCGUAGGAGCUCUAAUAAUAAUCGAUUAUCAUUCUUCCGGAAAAACCGAACUUUACCAACCUGUUAUUUGUGUUGAUCGAGUUACAGUAGUGUUAUUAUCCUAGUCUAAUACUGUGCCGAUGUACGUAAAAAAAUCAAUUAAUGUAAAAUAAUUAGUUGCUAAAUGUAGGAUUAACUUGAGUAUUAUUCUAAGUUUUGUUCUUGAUUCAUUUGAACCUUUUUUUUAUUCCAAUAUCUCCGAUAAAUACAAAGACAAUACAUGGUUUCUCUUUGCAAGUUACUGGCGAUCACACAGUGUUACUUAUAAUAGAAUAAAAUAUAAUAGAAGGCGUCUAUUGAUUGGACAAUAAAAAAUAAUUACCAGCUUUCAAAGUAGAAUUUUUAUGAUUGGUUAAUUUUGACGAAAACCAAAGUAGAAUUCUUCCAAGAAACUACGAGAGAUAUAGAUAUUUUCCCGGGAAGUCAAAAACGUGUUUGUAUGGGCUGUAUCUGACAUGAUUUAGUAAUAAAAGCUGAGUUGAUCAUUAAUAAUACAAUUAGUUUUAUCGUGAAAGCAGACAAUUUCUCGACAAAUCAAUCAAGAGCAAAGAAGGGAGAUAAUUCUAAUUUUACUAUAUCACGUGCGAUCGUCAUUGUUCACAAAGUGCAUGACCUAUUUUAGUUUCAACUAGUAAUAACAACAAAAACAACGAAAAUAUUAAAAUAAUGUAUUUAAUCUUAAAGUUUAGUUUUUUUUACAAUAAUAUAUAUUUAAAAUGUGCCAGUUUGUAAGCAGAGGGGGAAAAUAGUUAUUGUGUUGACGUUGUGUAUUCGUUCAUUCGUCUGCAUGCCAGACUACGGCAAGUUCAGUCAUGUGAAAGUGACCGUAACUUGCCGUCAGAAGGUAAAUAUACCGAUAAUCGAUAUUUGAAUUUCAAUAUCGAUUAUCGUAUCGCUAAAUAACUUCUACCGAUUAUCGAUUAUAUCGAUAUUUUUGCACAGCCUUACUCCUAGCACACUGUAUGGUGUGUGCCUGUCUUCAUUGGCCCAUUUGGAGCAGAAUAGCAUUUAUUUUGUUAUAGGUCGAGAAAUGUCAUUGAUUUAACAUAGACUUGAUUAGGAAGAGUACUACUGGUCUUACUCCAUAUUUAGAUUAGUUUAGUUGUAGUGGUCUCCCUUAUUUAGAUCUGUACAUAAUGAUAUUGUUAAGUGGAAGAACUUGCUACUUGUAUAUAUAUGGAUAUAUAUUUUACUGUGUAAUAAUUAUGCAACAUUGUUGUCAUUUGUAGCCCGAUUCUUACCUUGUUUUGGUGAAAAUGUCGUGGAGGGCUUUUUACAGGUACAUUAUGAUAUUUAAUAUACUGUAAAACAAGAAAUUAACCAGGAUCUGACAUUCUGCAACCAGAGAAUUAUCUCAGACCUGAAUGGUAGCCAUGUUGAAAGAUCAGUCAACUAUGUUGUAAAUUGUUUCAAUGAUAUUUAGUAACUGGUAUAAACAGGUCCUAAUUCUAUGGAGUACUGUUUAUACUUUAUAUUAUGUUAUUGCUUUUGGGGCCACGGUGGCUAAGUGUGUAAGACACUGGCUCGCUAGCCUGGAGAUUGGGUGGGGGGGGGUCAAAUGGUUAGCACGUGCGCGCUGUAUAAUAAGGUCUGACAUUGCGUCAACUGGCGUGGUUUCGAUUCUCCAGUUGUACGUGACAAUUGGAGUAGGGUCGCCUGUCCAACCUUGUGAGUUUUCUCCGGGUCCUUCGGUUUCCUCCUACUGCUAAAGAUUCCUACGCGCAAGCGAAUUAUUGAAAUAAAAUCGAACCAUAUGUUAUUCUCUGUUCUGAAGAUGUGCUAAUUGUAGACAGGGUAAUUUGAUCUGAUAGAGGUUGUUAUAGUUACCACAGAAAGUCAGGUUACUGUUGAUUUCAUUUCUUGCUUUCCAGUGUAGAUGAUUGUGAAACUGAUACUAUUAACUUAUGAACUUUGACCUUUGACUAAUGAAAAUAUUUGACAUUACUCUAAACUAAUAUUUAAUAUGUAUAGAAAGUGGUUAGAAAUUAUACAGUUGUCAUUAAUUAGUAGAUGUGUAACUAGAUGUAAACCAUGACACUAUAAGUGUAAAAGAGUGACUAUUUAUAACAGCCACUAUUGAAUACAGAAACCAGGGCCUUAUUUAUCGAAAUCUUAACUAAAGAUAAAAUCCAAAUUUUAGUAGAUACUUCAAUUUUAAUUGGCUAAGCACUAAAAUCAAUCUAAUUUUAUCCAAUCAAAUUACUAAAAUUUGGAUUUUAUCUUAGUUAUAAUUUUGUGAAACAGGCCCCUGGACAAUAGUGGUGUAUAUCAUUCAAUUGUCACGGUCUUAACACCGCGAACACUGUAACCAAGGUAUUCUUUAAUCCUGUGUAUUUAGCACUAAUUUCUUUCACUUGUUUAAUAUCAAAUCUUUGUUUAAAAAUUCUAAAAAAUCGUUUAAAAUCAUUUAAUUUGUACUUGUGUCCAGUUUAAAGCUGACCAUUCCAUUCAAUUUUUAUAAUGAGUAUCAAAUUUACAAGCAUUUAAUUUCUCAAUCACUGUUAAAAAAUAAACAACCAAAUUGAUUAUUGAUGUAUAAUGAUUAAUUUUGAACAGUGGUCAGCUUUUAAUUGAUACACAAGUACAAGUUAGAUGAUUUUGGGUGAUUUUAAAUGGUUUUUACAAAUUUUUAAACACAGAUUUGAUAUUAAACAGUUAGUGCUAGAUACACAAGAUUAAAUGAUACCCUGGAUACAGUGUGUGUAUGUUAUUUAUAAAAGUCAUAAGUUAAUGAUAUCAUAUUUACAGUGUACAUGGUGUAUAUAGUAUAUCUAUAUAGAUAAAUAAAUAAAUAGGUUGUUUUUUGUGAGGUUAUUUUAUAGUAGAACAAUAGAGGACUUUAUUAUAUACAUUUUAUUUAUCAUAGAGAAAAAAACCCCAUUAAAUAUAUCAGUUAGCUGGGAUUUUAAUAGAGGUCUUUAUUGAAACCAAGGAGUAUACUUUUAUAUAUCAUAUUUGAAAAAAAAAACAACCAGCAAAUACAUUUGAGCUGGGGGCUUUAAUUAUAUUUCAAAUAUCAUAAUUAAUUUGUGGUGCUCAAAUUUAAGACAGCAUUUAAUAAUUUUUGUGUUAAACUAUUAAUAUGUUAACUGAAAUAAGAUUUCAUCUGGGUAUUUUGUGCCAUAACUUUUGAGUCUCACAAGUAGGUAGUGGACUCAAUUUAUAUUUUUUUACCCAGAUAGGAGUCUGAUAAAAUUGUGUUUUGAUAGAAAAACGUCUCCCACUAUAAAGGCCCUGUUGUACGUUGGUAGCAUUGUAAAUGGCUGCACAUUGCGGCUCAUUAAGUCGCAUUGAUGUCAUCCUUAUCAGUGAUUGUAGCGGCCUAGCGAAUAUUCACUCUGAUCAGUAAUGAUGGCUGCAGCUGAUAAGUUAUUUGCAUACUCGUAUUUGAAUUCUGCAAAUAAGACAGGAUGUGACGUCAUAUUUUUUUGACGUCAUGAAAUAGUGUAUGACCUGUAAGCAUGUUUUCUUCCUAUGUUAUAUGGUUCUUGUCAAAUUGAUGAAGAAUGAUCAGAAAUGUUCUGUUUAAUAUAAAUUGCCAGUUCAUUUUACUGAUUUUUUUUUCUGAAUUUAUUUUUUUGCCAAAGACGAAUGUAAUUUUAAAGUAAUAAAAUUUAUUAAGUUUG